AGACAAAGCGAUCGGAACGAAACACUAGCUUUGCGAUACUGAUCCGUGCCGGACACAGCUUUGCUACCUUGUCCUUUAAAUUAGCUUCCAUUUGUUUGAAUCUGUCCUUUCAUGUCUCACAAUCGCAAUGAACAUGAAGACGGUUCAAUUAUACAAUGCACACUGCAACAGUGUUGGAUUUGAAGACUAAUUCGGAAAGCUGCAAAGAAGAUGCUGUUCGACUGUCCCUCACACAUAUACUUGUUUAAAGUAUGGACGUUGUUUUGGUGAGGUUCGUAUUUCUGACGGGUAGGUUUGCGAAUGAGCGAACAUAAUCGCGCAGAAGGCGCGAAAUCAUCCGGUGAUUUGCCCGUUGACUGUCGCAGCAGAGAACAUCUCAGUGCAUAACGAAAUUCCUCUAACAUGUUCUUAUGAAAAAUAAUUAAUUAUUGGAAAGGAAUAUAACUGACUGAGAUUUGAUCUAGGUGCACGCGUCUUUACGUGUGGGACGCAUUAUAAAAUUCACGUAAAAAAGUGCAAAAAUUGUCAAGUGACCAUUCCUGCGGUUUGAGUUCUAAAAACUCUAAAUUCGCCGACAAGGUCUUGGACCUCCGAAAACUUCUGUUCUGAGAGUAAGUCUAUUUGACUCACAGAAUGGUUCCGUAACAGGCAUUAUAAACUGCAUCUCAUAAGGCAUACAUCAAAUACAAACAUAAUGGUCCUUUCGUUAGGCCACAAGUCUAUGAACUUCAUAUUAUGUGCAACUUGAAACCUUUGAGCAACACUUGAAUGUGACAAUUGUCAUUGUUACCACACUGCUUCCUCUGGCGAACAUAGUCGAUAAUAGCGAUGAGGUCAGAAAGCGCUUAUAGAAUGGAAAGAUGUCUACGGAUUUGCGGCAAAGUUUUCGUUGUUCUACCAAGUUCAACCCGACGGCAUCCUCGGACUAAAGGAAACACAAGCAAUUUCCCCCAUUGAUAUGGACGACCCGCGCGAGAGUAGGUGAAAGAGGCAACCCGUCGUAAAGAAAGAGGCACUUUUUCAACAGUCUCUAGAGGCGGGUAUGUUGCCUAUAUUAGAAUAGAAGGCGUUAAAUAAGACGAGGGGUAUGGGAUGACGCAAAACUUUUUAAUAGGGAGACCUGCGAGGACUUCCUGCGAGUUAAGCUCUAUAAAGAACAGAACACCACUUCGUGCUGGAUUGAAGGUUGAUUGCUAAGUUUACACUGGGAAGUGGUAAGUUCAAAAAGGAGUUGUUGCACCUCAGACGUAAGUUGCUUUUUACAUUGCCCUUUUGAAGAAGUUUCAAUAAACACGAGAGAAAUGGACUUUAUUAAUAGAAGCUGUAAUCUAUCAUAGGUAAAUCUAGUUUCCACCUCAUGUGAAAGACUGUGUCAGUUUAGUUUGGAUGAUGUUUGUGAUCGAGUGCCUAAAAGUCUAAGAUACUUGGAGAAGAAGUUGAUUGCCCUCUGCGUGUGCAUUCUGUGUCACGGAAAUAUCUGCGUGCAUAGCAACAAUUAAUUGCGUCAAGUCAAGCUAGGUAAUAGAGGACAAAUCAUAUAUAGUUUUAUAACAUAGCUUUCAUGGCUUCCAAAAUUCGCAUCGAGAAAAUGUCUUGAGGCUAUCCUGCCAUGGCCAAGUCUCCAUACUUCCAGUCUAGCAACCGGCAUAUUCUUUUGAAUCCACUUACUGGAGGCCCACUUUUCGGCGAUGACUUUGUCUACACCGUGUACACUACGUAGAUACGACUCUGCGUAUUAUGCGCGUAGCAAUAUCUAUCCGUGGAUAAACGGUUAUUGUUUGCUUUACUUUAGGCCUUUCUAGACCAAUUUCUACUUGGGCAGCUCCAGCACCAGAGAAUGGUGCACGAAAACAUUUUUCUAAUUUGUAUAGAUACAUCGAGACAUUAAAUAAAUAAUUUAUUGCAGAAACAGCAGUAAUAUAGCCAGCAGCAUAGCUCAUAAGGGUUGUUAUACCCUUAUUAUGCUUAAAAACCAAGAGUUUCGAGUGUUGCAUCCGGGACCGGUUAGGCCGAUAUCGUACCGGCCUUUAUAUACUAUGCUAGCAUGAACGGCCAUUAAAAGCGAUCCAAAAUAAAUUGAUAGGAGCCUGUAUAUAAUUAUUUUAUGCUACUUUAUUAUUAGAUUAUAUGAAAUCAAAGUCGUAGUCCAGUACGGACUUAUGACAUUACAAAUCGUGUAUGUUAUUUCUGCUACUGAAACAUGCAUUGGUUUGUCACACUGCUAAAGUACUAAGAAAUUUAAAAGCAUAGCUAGUAUAACUACAGAGAGAGGCAAAAUAAAGCAUAAUCACCCUACAAACUUCUUAUAGUGCAGUAAACAAUAGAAACACUGUAGGCCGGAUUUCGUUCGACCAUGCGAGUAUGUAUUCGUAUGCAAUGUUGUCCCCAAGGGAUGAUAGGUGAAUUGCUGGUAUAUCAAUACGCAUAGAAAACCCAUAAAAUCUAUUCAAGGUUCUGUCUUUGAGUAGCCUUUAUCUUCGGGCGGUGUCCAGUAAAGGCGGGUGCAUCUUGCAAAUUUAACCGCUUCUUUUUUUCGAGACACGAUAUUUGAUCAAUUUAACAUGAAGUGCAUAUAGAAACGGUUGAUACUGCGGCUCGUGCACCCUGCACUGACGAGAUUAUGUCGAUCGUACGACACAAUGGAAUAACUGAUUUGUCUGACUACGUUAAAAUGUUCUAUUUUCUUAAUACAUCAAGCGCUCGUUUCUACACUCGUCUGUAUUUGCAGUGUGCGUAUGCGUCCCUGCUGCCCUGUUGUUCUUGCAUUAGUGGAACGAGGGAAAAGCGGGGAAAAGUCCGCUUUUAUCAUUCUCAGGUGUGCGACACAUCAUAAAGCCAAUCGACCGGAAAGCGGCAGGCUACUGGCAGUGCGUCGUCCGUUCGGAAAGUUGCAAGUGGGUCAGUCACCGGGUGAGCCGACGAAAAGAUAAAACGCCUACGUUCAUUUCAUGCAUUCUAUCUUUGUUUGAGGAAGAUUGAGCCAGAAGUAAUCUUACCCUACGCCGCGAAGAUACCUCUUCAAAAAUAGAAUGCCGUUCAAGUAGUGUCAAAAUGUUACGUAAGCUCAGUAUUUGUGGAAAUAUUUCAAGAGAGGUCAAUGGGCUAAACAUCCAGAUCGCAACUAGAGGAUCAUUAUGCAGUUAGAAAUUACUCAGAGCGCUUCAUUGGGUCAAUGCGUGGCCAACAAAAAACAUCAUCGACCUAAUUGUGCCUGCAUUUACUCAUACUUGCAUUUAAAUACAGGACGAUUCAUAUGGGGAAAACCUGAUUAUGUACCUAUGUGAUGAUGCGGUGGUAGGGUGAUUAUCUGCUAAGCUUAGAAAUACGUGGUAAUCUAGGUUGGAAACCAGGUAUGGUACACGUUCUUCCAUGCUUGGAACCCAGCUGGCUGACUCAAUACGUGAUGGUUGCACCGGGCGUAAAAUUCGAAACGAUAAUUCUUGGGCUAUAUUUUGUAGCAUAAGUGUAGCGUCCACAGUCAUUUCUAUAUACUCAUAUAUAGUACAGUGAUGCAUUGUAGGAGAACUUCGGUAGUACACCCAGAUUAAUGCUGAGCAUAGUAUAUUUAUAUCUACUUUGAAUUAACAAGUGAAUGGAAAAUUAUCUAUAUGUCAGUUACCAGGGAGCCUAGAUUACACCUUCUUCCCUUUAUUAGAGGAACAUGCUCUUUUCCAAUCAGGACACUUCGCUGGUUCUACUGAGUCAAUCGCGGCGACGUGAAUUAAAAUGCUGCGUUACGUCGGCGAAACGCGAGCCCGAGUACAAAGCGGGAUUGCAAUUGCUGGACGAUUCAAAGGAGUAGAAUUAUAUCGAUGGGCCAUUCGAAAGAUCCAGUCUGGCAAAGGUCUUGCGAGCAAACGAGGAAAGCUCAACAGAGAGCUACAACUAAUCAACACAUCUGCUAGACAGCCCUACUUGUACAGGAGUGACUUGGUAAACUCGAAACGAGUGGUGGUCAAAUUGGGAAGUGCGGUGUUAACUCGCGAGGAUGGCUGUGGUUUGGCUCUUGGAAGGGUCGCUUCGAUCGUCGAGCAGAUCUCUCAGCUACACAAUAAUGGAAAGGAGUUGUUGGUUGUCACCUCAGGAGCUGUGGCUUUCGGCAAAUUAAAGUUAUCCAAAGAGCUGCGUCUCUCAAUGUCAAUGAGGGAGACUCUAUCUGCUAGAGAUUCAGCUAUUCCCGCGAAAACAAAGAAAAGCUCCUACGGAACCAGCGCAGCUGUUGGCCAAAGCGGCCUAAUGGCUUUAUACGACGCCAUGUUUAAUCAAUAUGGCGUCAACAUUGCCCAGGUUCUGGUAACGAAACCAGAUUUCUACAAUCCCGAGUCGCGUCACUGGCUCCGUCAAAUUCUUCUUGAGCUCCUGUCGCUGAACAUUUUGCCGAUUAUUAACACGAACGAUGCCGUAUCUUCAGCAACAGCGCUUUAUGACGAAGGGGAGCUCAAUCCGCAUGUCCAGCCGAUCACCGAUAAUGACUCCUUAGCGGCCCAUUUGGCAGUGGAAGCCGACGCUGAUCUCAUGGUUAUAAUGAGUAACGUUGAUGGCCUUUAUACGCAACCGCCAGGUCAGGAUGGUUCUAAGCUUCUCUAUACUUACUCGCCACUCUACAGUGAAAGUGUUGUUUACGGCGAAAAAUCAAAGGUUGGCAUGGGUGGUAUGGAAAGUAAGAUUUCUGCUGCUUUGUGGGCGCUCGAAAGAGGCGUCUCGGUGGUAAUAUGUAAUGGCUUCCAAGAAGAUGCAAUCUCUCGUAUUGUAGGUGGGAAGAAGGUCGGCACUUUCUUCACUAACCAUCAAACUAAAGUGUUCUCCGUUGAGUCGCUGGCCGCAAACGCCAAAAAAGAUUCUGGGACGCUCGAGGCUCUGUCGGGCCGCCAACGCGGAGCUGUGAUUCGUCGACUUGCUGACCUUCUUGUGGAGCGAGCGGAUGAGGUGAUUUGUGCUAACGUAAAGGACAUCCGGGAGGCCGAAUCGUCGGGGCUGGAAAAGUCGCUUCUCAGCAGACUCGUUCUGACCCUCUCGAAGUUAGAAAACCUUGCUGACGGCCUGCGGUCGAUCGCGAUUCAAUGCGAAGAAAAAGGUAUUCUAGGAAAGACUCUUCGACGUACCCUGUUAGCUGAUGGACUUGAGCUUCAACAAAUCACUGUCCCUAUCGGGGUUCUUCUAGUUAUUUUUGAGUCCCGACCUGACUGUCUUCCCCAGAUUGCCUCGUUAGCCAUAGCCACAGGAAAUGGCCUGUUAUUGAAAGGUGGCAAGGAAGCACUUAAUUCCAAUCGUGCCCUUUUCGUCUUAGUUCAAGAGGCUUUAGCUUCGAUAUCUGCUCAGGGCGCCGUUGCACUUGUAUCCGAGCGAGAGGAUGUUGAUGAAUUACUUCACAUGGAACAAUAUAUUGAUCUGAUCAUUCCUCGAGGUUCCUCUGAUCUGGUCCGCUCAAUACAGGCACGAGCCAAAGGCAUACCAGUGCUUGGCCACUCUGAAGGCGUGUGUCACGUUUAUGUUGAUAAGGAUGCAGAUCUUCGCCAAGCAUAUCAAAUCGUCCGAGAUUCUAAAUGUGACUAUCCUGCAGCCUGCAAUUCGAUGGAAACGCUUCUUAUACAUCGAGAUCUCAUCAACUCUGAAUUUUUCAGCAACAUGUGCACAAUUCUCAAAAAAGAUAACGUUUUACUAAAUGCUGGACCUCGUUUAUCCCACACACUGACAUUCGGUCCCCCUGAGGUUCGUUCACUAAAAGUCGAAUAUUCGAGACUCGAAUGCGCGCUCGAAGUAGUCGACAGUGUGGAAGCGGCCAUUGAUCAUAUUAAUGCAUUUGGCAGUGGACACACAGACGCCAUCGUCACCGAAAAUCACGAAACAGCCGAAAAAUUCUUGAGUUCUGUAGAUUCAGCUUGCGUCUUCCGCAAUGCAUCCACUCGUUUCGCCGAUGGAUACCGAUUCGGUCUUGGAGCCGAGGUGGGUAUCUCGACUGGACGUAUUCACGCGCGUGGUCCGGUUGGCCUAGAUGGUCUCCUUACAACAAAAUGGCAACUCAGAGGGAGCGGUGACAUUGUAUCAGACUUCCACGAGGGCGAUAGAAAGUUCAAGCACGAGUCUUUGCCUCUGACAGAGACGAAUGAUUUUACAUGUAACGUUUCGAAGGCCACUACUAGCCAAGAAUAGUGGGCCACAGAGCUGACUCAACAUGUAAUCCAGCUCAACAAGGUCGUUCAUUUUGAUUCUUACGUGACUCUGUAUUUACUGAUCGACUUGAAUCCCCGAGACCCUUUGCAACCAUUUUUGGAGUUGGACAACCUGUUGUUAAACUUCAGCUCUUUCUGAACAGAAGAAUAUUCGUAAUAAGUUAUUCCUAAUUGAUUUUAUACGAACAUAAAUAACGGACCCUUUUAGUCCAUAUUUGUUCAUUUAGUCUUUUAUAAAUUCUAUCGGGCCGAUGGCUCGUUCUUUGUUACGUCUGUGUGGCGCCUGUAAGCUUGUGUUGCUCAAAUAAUUCUUCUUUUAGGUAUCGUUUUGACUAGUUUUUUCAUGAUCCUGUUUUUCUAUGAGCAACUAGAGCUCUCCAAAAUAAUUUUCAUCAGGGUGAAAUGCACAUAUUUCCAUGCGAUUUUUUUCAAUUUCAGUCCUACGGGUUGCUCUUGGCGCCCAAAUUCAAAAUUUGACACGUCCCCCGCACCAGCCUCUCUCAGCCAACAGAACGUGCUCUCUCCCCAACGGCCUUUUGUGCAACGUUAUUACUUCUUAUCGCAAAGUUACUAGAUUGAUCUUCUGUAAUCCCUCUAGUGCAAGUUGUUGGAUCGCGUCGAUUACCGAAGGCGACCUGCACUCAGCCGACAUUACUCGAGGAUACAGUGGUCGAUUCGUCGUUACCAAUAAAACAUUGAAAGUGCGAAACAGCUGAUUUGUGAAAUUAUAUAGGACUUUGUUUUACUGUGAAUCAGCCACUAAAACGCGAAACAA